UUGAGGUGGGACUGCAGUGAGCAGCAGCGCUGUAGUUGCCGCUACCCCGCCCGUGUCUCUGUAGUUUUAGUUGUCUGAUCAUGUCUGACGAUGAUAAACUGCCGUCUGGGUGGGAGAAGCGCAUGAGCCGGAGUUCAGGCAGGGUUUACUACUUCAACCACAUCACCAACGCGAGUCAGUGGGAGCGGCCGACGGGCGCGGGCGAUGGAGCGGGUGCCGUGGACAAGGUGCGCUGCUCCCACCUGCUGGUCAAACACAACCAGUCCCGCAGACCGUCGUCCUGGAGAGAAGAGAACAUCACCCGCAGCAAAGAGGAGGCUCUGCAGCUCAUACAGAAGUAUAUAGAACAGAUAAAGUCUGGUGAUGAAGAUUUUGAGACGUUGGCCUCUCGGUUCAGCGACUGCAGCUCAGCGCGGAACGGAGGAGACCUAGGCAUGUUCGGCAGAGGUCAGAUGCAGAAGCCGUUCGAGGAAGCCUCCUUUGCGCUGAAAAUCGGAGAAAUGAGCGGCCCCGUGUUUACCGACUCCGGCGUCCACAUCAUCCUCCGCACAGGAUAACUCACCAAGCAUGCACACUCUCUCGCUCUUUCCCUCCCUUUAUUCAUCCAUCCAUCUCUCCCUCCUUCUCCUUAAUGUAGGAUUGUUUUCUGAACUUAUUCUCAAACUCAAACAUACAUACAAUAAUGGUUCUUUUCCUGAAAUGCCUCUAAAUGAUGUUACCUGACAUUUUGAGCCUUUUUUUAUGGUAGCAAGCCGCAUAGACCAAACUGUUUGGAUACCUGCAUUCAAGUUAAUGGUU